AACCUGCACAAACAUCUUCAGCGUGGUGUAGCAUGGUCUUUUUGCACCGGCUAUGUCUCAGUGCAGGUAUACACUAUUGGGUAGUGUUUUUACUUCAUUUUUUAUUAUUUUUCUUAUCAUUUCUAUGAAGACUGAAGGCAACCCUGCACCACCCCCUUUCCUCGCUCCCCAACCCCUUCACCCACCUUCACACCCUGAUUCUGAUCCAAUACCGAGACCUGAUUCAGGGUGGAUCGACCAGGUAUCCAUAUCAGCCUCAGCCAAUACUUAUACGAUACAACCGAUCCGAUACCUCUAUUACCUGUUCACGGUUUUAUUUUCCAGCUCAAUGCUAGAGUGGCAUAUCUAGGCCCUCUAUAUGUGUGCCUCGUGUACCAAAGAAGAAGGAGGUUCCUAAAUUUCCUCUCUCCCACUAAAGGAAAUUGAAUAUAUUUGAAUGCCAGUGGUAGUAUUUUGAUACCUGGAGAGGAUACAUAUAAUGAGCUUUCCCUUGAGACUAAAGGGAGGUCUCCAACAAGGCCUCCCUUCUCUCCUCCACAAACACUCUCCUUAAAACUAGCAAGAGAAAACCCAAAAAUAACAAACAAUGACUGAGUCUCUUCCCAUCCUUUCAUUGACAACCCCUUUGACCUUCUAACAAUUUUUUCCCUGCUCUGUCUCUCUUCUUUCCUUCUUUCUCUCUCUCUCAAUAUCUUUCUUCUUCAAUCAAAAUCUAUCAUUUUACCUGUUUCCCCAUCUUGCACCUUCAGUAUAGGUGGUAGACAGAGCUCCUCCAAAGAACACAUCUUCUUCAACCUACCACCAAUUAAACCAAUCUCUCUUAAACCUUAAUUCCUUGCAAAACCCUUAAUCAUCUAAACUCAUUAGAGAAGGUGUGAGAUGAUGGUUUGUAAAUUGGGUUCAGACCAGAAGACAUCAUCGUUGAUGCUGGUUUUGGUUUUUCUUUAAGGUAAUUAUGUCUCCAUUCAUUUUAUCCCAUUCUUUCUAUUUUGCUUAGAACAAUUUUAGCAUCUCAAGCAUUUGUAGAACUGAAGAAUUGAAGGAAAAAGAAGAGAGAGAGAGAGAAAAAAAAUGGCAUCUCUAGCCACAAACCCAUCAAAGAAAGCUAUAAGGGAUUCAGACUCACAGACCACAAGAAGUUCAAGUGGGCAAACGGUGAAAUUUGCAAGGAGGACUUCGAGUGGGCGUUAUGUGAGCCUUGAAGGGGAUGACCUUGACAUGUCAGGGGAGAUUCAUGGAGAUUACAUGAACUACACCGUUCACAUUCCUCCGACGCCGGAUAACCAGCCGAUGGACUCGUCGGUGGCGACGAAAGCCGAGGAACAGUAUGUAGCUAAUUCUCUAUUCACUGGAGGUUUUAACAGUGUCACCCGUGCCCACCUCAUGGACAAGGUCAUCGACUCCAAAGUGUCUCACCCUCAGAUGACCGGAUCCAAAGGUUCUGCAUGUGGCAUGCCCAACUGUGAUGGCAAGGUUAUGAGAGACGAAAGAGGAAAUGAUAUCACUCCUUGCGAAUGCAGGUUCAAAAUUUGCAGAGACUGCUUCAUGGAUGCGACAAAAGGUUCAGGUCUAUGCCCAGGGUGCAAAGAGCCAUACAAGAUUGGAGACUAUGACGACGACGAUGACAGGACGGAUAUGAAGAGUGGAAGGUUGCCAUUGCCAGGGAUAGAAGACUCAAAGAUGGAUCGUCGCAUGUCUGUGAUGAAUUCCAACAACAAUAAGUCUAUGUUGCUAAGGUCCCAAACAGGAGAAUUUGACCAUAACAGGUGGUUGUUUGAGACCAAAGGUACUUAUGGUUAUGGCAACGCCUUCUGGCCUCAGGACGGCAUGUAUGAUGACGACGAGGGGGACGAAGGGCUUCAAGGUGGAAUGGUGGAAACAGCAGAUAAACCCUGGAGGCCACUUAGUCGAGUUAUCCCUAUGCCUGCAGGAAUCAUCAGCCCUUAUAGGUUAUUGAUUGCGAUGAGGUUGGUGAUACUUGGCUUCUUUCUUUCAUGGCGUCUCCAGAACCCCAACGAGGAGGCCAUGUGGUUAUGGUAUAUGUCCGUCAUAUGCGAGGUCUGGUUCGCUUUCUCUUGGAUUCUCGACCAGAUUCCCAAGCUCUGUCCGGUUAACCGGUCCACCGAACUAGACGUGCUGAGGGACAAGUUCGAUAUGCCCACCUCCUACAAUCCAACCGGAAGGUCCGAUCUACCCGGAGUUGAUCUCUUCGUCUCAACCGCCGACCCAGAGAAGGAGCCACCUCUCGUUACAGCAAACACCAUCCUUUCAAUCCUGGCCGUUGAUUAUCCUGUUGAGAAGCUCGCCUGCUAUAUAUCUGACGAUGGUGGUGCACUCCUCACCUUUGAAGCUAUGGCCGAAGCUUGUAGUUUUGCUGACUUGUGGGUCCCAUUUUGUCGAAAACACGACAUCGAACCUAGGAACCCGGAUACCUAUUUUAACUUGAAGGGGGACCCCACAAAGAAUAAGAGACGGUUGGAUUUCGUUAAGGAUAGGAGGAGGAUCAAGAGAGAGUACGAUGAGUUAAAGGUCAGGAUUAAUGGUCUCCCAGAUUCCAUUCGGAGGAGAUCUGAUGCAUUUAACGCGAGGGAGGAGAUGAAGAUGUUGAAGCACAUGAGAGAAACCGGUGGUGAUCCAUUGGAGCCCGUUAAGGUCCAGAAAGCCACGUGGAUGGCUGAUGGGACCCACUGGCCUGGCACGUGGUCCGUCGGCUCACGUGAUCAUGCCAAAGGUGACCACGCUAGUAUCCUCCAGGUGAUGCUGAAGCCCCCAAGUCCAGAUCCUCUAAUGGGUUGUGCAGAUGAAAAGAUUAUAGACUUCACAGGUGUGGACAUAAGGCUUCCCAUGUUUGUGUACGUUUCGCGUGAGAAGCGUCAAGGCUACGACCACAACAAGAAAGCAGGAGCCAUGAACGCCCUGGUUCGUGCUUCAGCUGUUCUUUCCAAUGGCUCCUUCAUCCUCAAUCUCGAUUGUGACCAUUAUUUCUACAACUGCAAAGCCAUUCGAGAGGGUCUCUGUUUCAUGAUGGAUCGUGGAGGCGAAGACAUCUGCUAUAUUCAAUUCCCCCAAAGAUUCGAAGGUAUUGAUCCCUCUGAUCGUUACGCUAAUAACAAUACCGUCUUCUUCGACGGAAAUAUGCGAGCAUUGGAUGGUGUACAGGGUCCGUUUUAUGUCGGGACGGGAUGUAUGUUCAGGAGAUUUGCUCUGUACGGGUUCGAUCCACCGAAUGUGAAUAAAAUGGUGAAGAAUGGGGACCAAGAGACGCAUGCCCUGAAACCCACCGACUUCGAUCCUGAUCUGGACGUGACCAUGCUUCCUAAGCGAUUCGGCAAUUCGACUAUACUAGCAGAGUCCAUACCAAUCUGCGAGUUUCAAGGUCGCCCACUCGCCGAUCACCCUGCAAUCAAGUAUGGAAGGCCACCUGGAAUCCUCACAGUCCCACGCGAGCCCCUUGAUGCUACCACGGUCGCUGAGGCCGUCUCUGUGAUCUCCUGUUGGUACGAAGACAAGACAGAGUGGGGAGACCGAGUGGGUUGGAUUUAUGGAUCGGUGACGGAGGAUGUGGUGACAGGCUACCGAAUGCACAACCGUGGGUGGCGCUCCGUCUACUGCAUUACCAAACGAGACGCAUUCCGAGGAUCGGCACCCAUUAACCUCACAGAUCGGCUUCAUCAGGUGUUGCGAUGGGCUACAGGUUCCGUGGAGAUCUUCUUUUCCCGAAACAAUGCCUUACUGGCAACCAAGAAAGUCAAGUUUCUGCAACGCUUGUCUUACAUCAAUGUUGGUGUCUAUCCCUUUACUUCCCUCUUCCUGAUCGUGUAUUGCUUCCUCCCUGCACUUUCUCUCUUCUCUGGGCACUUCAUCGUGCGGACCUUGAGUGUAACUUUCCUCUUAUACCUCCUCGGCACUACUCUUUGCCUCAUCGGCGCCGCCAUUCUGGAGGUCAAGUGGUCCGGAAUUGCUCUCGAGGAGUGGUGGAGAAAUGAGCAGUUCUGGCUCAUCUCCGGCACCAGUGCCCACUUGGCCGCCGUGUUGCAGGGGCUGCUCAAGGUCAUUGCUGGGAUUGAGAUCUCUUUCACUUUGACUUCCAAAUCUGCGGGAGAUGAAAACGAGGACGCCUUCGCAGAGCUCUACAUGGUCAAGUGGACUUCUUUGAUGAUUCCUCCAAUCGUCAUCGGCAUGGUCAACAUAAUUGCGAUUGCUACUGCAUUUGCAAGGACGGUGUAUAGCUCGACCCCCCAAUGGAACAAGUUCAUUGGGGGAGCUUUCUUUAGCCUCUGGGUGUUAACUCAUCUCUAUCCCUUUGCAAAGGGGCUCAUGGGUAGGGGAGGCAAGACUCCCACCAUUGUAUUUGUUUGGUCAGGUCUGAUCGCCAUUACCUUGUCCUUGCUCUGGAUAGCCGUUAGCCCACAAAAGUCGCCUGUAGCGGCUGCUUCUUCAGGAUUUCAGUUUCCAUGACCAGAUGUUGAUCAAUUCAUCUUAAGUUUUAACUUCCACAUCACAACGAAAGCUUGACGUUUUCCCUUUUUUUUCUUCUUAUUCUUGUCUUUCUUCUAGGAGAUGGGCUCUUGAUCUAUCAUAUCUAUCUACGGAUAAAAAGUGAAACGAACAGGGCAAGGGCGCCUUCAAGUAAUAGAGAAUUGGAGGGUAGAACCGGAUCCCCUCCUCUUUUUUCUUCUUUUUUUCACUCCUAGAAACGGAGGAGCUGUUGAGAGAUGUGAUAUGAAUGUGGAAUUCUUUUUCCUCUUCCUCUUCCUCCUGCAACUAACGAUGAUGAUACCGAUAUGAUUAUUCCUGAAGAGGAUUACAAAUGGAGUGGGGGAGGUUCUUUCUGCAUCCUGUGCUACAGGGAAUUCGAGCUGAACAUUAAAGGAGGUGAGCUUCUCCUGGGGAUUGGAUUUCUAAAUUUAGUUGCAGGAUCUGGUCACAUCUAUGUUGGUUGGUCUGUUUGAGAAGAGACGCAGAAAAAAUAAAAAUAUGUAUGUACACUGGUAGCUCUUUCAUUUGUAAUGUAAGAUGAUGAAUAUAUGUAUUUUACAGAAGCUGAUUUUGAUUUUGAUUU